AUGUCAUUUCUAUAUAGAAAAGCGGCACAAAUGUUAUUAAAAUGUUCUAAAGGAGAAGGAAUAAAAGAAGUUUUACUUGAAAAAGAAGAUAAAUCAGUUAAAAAAUUGUAUUCUAUAUUAUAUAAUGCAUUAGAAGAUUUAAAUAUAUUAGAUAAAAUUUACAAUAUUUAUUUAUCUAAAAUAUGUAAAAAUAAAUUUUUGGGAAUUAUUCUUUUGAGUGUAUUAGUUCAUAGACAUAAAAUAGAUGGUGGUGGAAAAUUAAAAAGAGAAAUUCAAAAAAAAGAAAAAGAAAUUUUGAAUUUUUAUAAAAAAAUUCAAGGGGAAUCAUAUAAUAAUAAUAUUUUACAAACAAAGAUUAUAUGGAAAUAUUUUUUAAUAUAUGGAAAUGAUAUAAGUAUAAAAGAAGAAUUAACCAAAAGUUUACAAAUUGUACAAGAUGAAGAUAUAAAAAAUCUGUAUAAAAUAAAUAAUGAUAAGGUAAAAAUGUUAAUAGAUAGUUCUUUUUAUAGAGAAAAUAAAAUAAGGAUAAUUGAUAAAACAUCUUGCUUAGUUGUAAAAGCAGGACAUAUAAAAAAAGGAAUGGUUAUUGUUGAUAUAUGUUCUUCUCCUGGUAGUAAAGCUAUAUUUAGUCUUAUUUCCUUAAAAAAAAAAGGAUAUUUAAUAUGUGUAGAAAAAAAUAAAAAAAGAUGUUUUACUUUAUUGAAUGAAAUUUUAAAAAUCGGAGAAUAUGAUGGUUUAUAUCUAAAUGAACGCUUUAAUGAAAGUGAAAAAAUUGCUCUUAAUAAACAUAAUUUUUUAAAUAAUAAAAAGCAUAAUAUUUAUUAUAUAAAACAUAAACAUAAUGAAUUAACGAUAAAAAUAUAUAAUUGUGAUUUUCUAAAUUUAAGUUCUGAAGAUUUUCCAGAUAACAUAGAUGUUGUAUUUAUUGAUCCUUCAUGUUCUUCUAGCGGAAUGCCUGAUUUUGUAUAUAAAAGAAAUAUAGAAAAUAUUUUUUCAGAUAAAAAUGAAAAACAUGAUAGAAGUAUUAUGAUAAAAACCAAUAAAACAAAGAAUGAAAAAAACACAGAAAAUAUAAAUAAAUUUAGUAAUAUCUCUAAAAUGAAAAAUAUAAAUGAAUUAUAUAAUAGAAAGGAGGAAAGUAAAAAUUGCAUAUCUGAAACAAUGUCAAAAAGUAUGAUCCCAAAAGUUCCUUCUAUUUUUCAAGAUAAGGUGAAAAAGUUAUCUGACUUUCAAAAACAAAUAUUAACUCAUGCUUUGGUAAAAUUAAAAGGUUCUAACACCUUCAUAUACUCUACAUGUUCAUUAUUUGAAGAAGAAAAUGAGCAGGUUAUACAUGAAGUACUACAAAAGAAUUCUGAUUUUUAUUUAAAAAAAGCUGGAAAAGAUAAAUUUCUUUAUAAUAAUUAUAAGUAUGAUUUUUCAAAGAAAUGUGUGAGAACAUUUCCAGAAAAAGAUUUAUGUAGGGGAAUAUUUAUUUCAAAAAUAUGCAGAAAAAAAAUAUAA